AUGGCAGACACAGCUGUUGCAGCUCCCGCUGACAAGAAGGCACCUCCCAAGUUCAAGCAGAGGGCCGCUCGCACCUUCAAGAGCAAGGCCCCUAAACCAGGCCAGAAGGGAUUCGGAGACGACAUCCCUGGCAUGGAGGGUCUUGGCACAGACAUCACAGUGGUUUGCCCAUGGGAAGCAUUUGGGGACAUGGAGCUCAGCGACCUGGCGAAAUAUGGAAUUGUCUAGAAGUCCUCCCAUGUCUUUCCCACAACUAUUUUACCUCCCCACACUGAUUUUCCAUCGCCCAGUCUUACUCCCGCUCUCGGUCGCCCUGUUCUCCUUCACCUC